AGUCCAUUGAAGUAGAUUCUUUGCAGACUGGUGGAUGCUCUGAAAUGUUUACCUUUAUAGCAGUUUCAUGUGUAAAUAGAUUUAAUUAAAUACUCUUGAAAAGCAAGGUAAAUUUUUUCAUGAAUAAAUGAGAUCAUCUUGGAAAAAAAGUUUGACAUUGAAAAUGUUUCUUAGGUGCCCACUAUGCUCUUCUAUUUUUAUGCAUAAAUAAGGAUAAUACAGAGACCAUUUUUAUUGGCGUGUGGUCUUACAUUUUUCCUAUUGCUUAAUAUACUAUAAUUUUGACAUAUUAAGGUCGUAUAUGACAAUUUACAGAAUUUUGUUCAGUUAUUUGUAAACUAGUAAGUACUUAAAAUAUACUUUCCUGAUUGUUUGGUCAUAUAUCUAGAUCAAGAGAUAACCAUUCUUCAGUGUUGGAUACUUCUUUUUAAUAUGUCAACUUUUUUCUCCCCUCAACUUGGAAAGGUUAUUGAAAUAUACUUUAUUUAAAACCAGGCUGCAAUAGACAAAAGAAAGUGUCUGUUGUUAGGCUCAGCAAAGUAUUAGCAAAGAUAACUGUGUGAAUAAGACUCAUUUUUGUUUAUAUACUUUAUUUCUGGCCAUGUACUUUAAAAAUGAAUCAUUACAUCUCUAAGUUGAAUAGUUCUGGUUUUAGAAGCCUUUUCUCCAGAAACAGAAGAUCUGCAUUCUGUAAUGAGUAGAAAUUAUAAAGAGGACUUCAUUCUUUUUUCAAUAGAAUAGUUAGAUAGUCAGAAGAGAAAUUAGAAGCCUUAGGUAGCAAACUCUUUGUUCUUUGACCCAAAUUUUAUAUGCUAAAAUUAAAGUAAGCCUUCAGGAUAAGUUAAAGUAGAAAAAAUGGGUCAUAAUGACAGUUAUCUGAACCCCUAGUAGAACAUUUCUAGGAGAGGUUUUUUGGUUUUUUGUUUUGUUUUGUUUUGUUUUGUUUUACAUCUAAGAUGACAUUGUAGAUUUUAUUACCUUUUCUCUAAACACAUUUUAAAACAUGCAUUCUUAGAUUCACAGGUAAGUUAGUCUUCCAUAAAACUACCUUCUUGCCAUCACCUUUGUCAUUCUGUUUUCUCCCUUCCUCUCCCCCUGCUCAAUUGUAUAUACAUCAUUUACUUCCCUUAACUCAUGGUUGGAAGUAGGAGCAUUGGGGAAUAGGCAGUUUAUUGCACAGAUACUAAGACCUCCUGGGCUGACUUUAAUGUUAUGAAAGCCAGGGUCCUCUGCCAUUUUCCUCCAGCUCGCAGUCCUCCUUCACAAGUCUUGCUUGCUGCUAGGUAGAGAGUCUGCAGAGACAUAUUUGGUUAAGAGCCACACAUAUGUGCAGCAUUUGUCCCACGCAGGAAUCGAUUCUUACAUGCUGAUGUGCCAGAAGGGAGUCAGAGCCCCAGGCCAUCCUUUUGCAAAGAAAAAAGCUGUAACUGUAAAUCAAACCAUUCCCUGCCAGAGCUGCUCUCCAGAGACAAAGUACUGCAGGUUCUAAACCAAGUGCUCUGCAGGUCCUCUGUAGCGCCUGCAAUGCUUAUUUUUCCAAAUCAAUCAAAACAAGACUUUUUUUAAUCUGAUGAUAGUGUAAUUCAUUGACAUUAAAACAAAUGUGUAAAAUACAGAGAAGCAUAUCGGCAAAAAAAAAAAUUCACCUGUAAUUCUACCACUGUUAUUAUCAUCCCACUGUUAUCAUAAUACUGUAUAAUAUAAUCCCACUAUUACAGUUACUAUGUUAAUGUGGUGCGUCUGUUUCCAGUGUGUGUUUCUCAUACAUAAGCUUGUGUUUUCAUACUCACUUUCACACACACUUCCAUUUUAAAAGAAAACUAGGAUCGUUCUUUGCCUUCUGGUUGGUAACCUGUUUCUACUGUGUCUUGCACUUGAAUGUCUUUAAUACUGGACUGCUUUCCUAUACCUGAGUUCCACCAUCAUUGGUAUCUCCUUUUAAAAGCCCUAAUACUGUUUACUUCUUCACAGGGGCCUCUGUGUGUUUCUGAUAGCCCCAUUUUACAAAUUGAAGCACAGGAAGUUCAAGUAAUUUUAGUUCAGUGCCACAUAACUAGUGAGAGAGCUGGGAAUUAAGCCCAGGAAGCUUAAUUCCAGAACCCAUUCUUUUUAACCACACUACUAUUUUGCAACAACAAUAACAGAGGUAUUCUCAGGCAAACAAAUAGAAUGAAGGUAAUACAAAUACAUAGAAUAAACACAUACCUAUCAUUCAGAAAUACAACUUAGAUAAAACAUUGCAAUAGCAAGUAGUGUGUUCAAGAAGAAAACACAUUCCAGACCAAACUGCACUGGAGGGAUGAAUUUGCUAUUUUAAGCAGAAACUGGGUCUGGCAGUAACAAAUGUCACAGGCUACUCAGUGUAGAAGUAUCUAUUGGCUACUUAAUUCUGAUCCUUUCUGGAGGUUCCUGGUUAUCUUCCUGUCUUGAAUUCAGGAACUCAAAUAUAAGUAGGCAUCCUUGAUGAUUUUUAAGAAAUCUUGAGAGUCACUGUAGGUUCUCUUUUAUAUUCUUUUUAGUUGACAACAAUUUUUGAAAUACAAACUCUUGGUUUAGUUUCAAAAUUAUGAUAAACUUCUUUCCCAAGUAAUACAGUACAAAUACAAAUAUUUAAAAACACCUGCCCAAGAUUAAGUUAGUAAAACGACAGUUGGUCUCUAGUGGCAUUUUUCAUUAUAUAUAUUUUUGAUAGUCUUGAAUUAGUGGUCUAGUUCUGCCUGCAUGUUUGUGUUUGCCUUUAUAAAUACAUAUAUAUACAUAUCACAGUGAACUUUGGAUUUAUUUCUGUUGAAAAGUUAAAUAUGAAAAAAAAUGAUGCAUUUUUCUGCAUAGGAUGAAACGAGGAAUAGGAAGAGAUAGUGACCAUAAUUCAUCAGGAGAAGAUACUGCAGAGAAAUCCAAGAAACUGAGGACUGCAAGUGAGCAUUCACAGACUUGUGACUGGGGUAAUCUCCUUCAGGACAUUGUUCUCCAAGUAUUUAAGUAUUUGCCUCUUCUUGACCGGGCUCAUGCUUCCCAAGUUUGCCGCAACUGGAACCAGGUAUUUCACAUGCCUGACUUGUGGAGAUGUUUUGAAUUUGAACUGAAUCAGCCAGCUACAUCUUAUUUGAAAGCUACACAUCCAGAGCUGAUCAAACAGAUUAUUAAAAGACAUUCAAACCAUCUACAGUAUGUCAGCUUCAAGGUGGACAGCAGCAAAGAGUCAGCUGAAGCAGCUUGUGAUAUAUUAUCACAGCUUGUGAAUUGCUCUUUAAAAACACUUGGACUUAUUUCAACUGCUCGGCCAAGCUUUAUGGAUUUACCAAAGUCUCACUUUAUCUCUGCACUGACAGUUGUGUUUGUAAACUCCAAAUCCUUGUCCUCACUUAAGAUAGAUGACACCCCAGUCGAUGAUCCAUCCCUCAAAGUAUUAGUGGCCAACAACAGUGAUACACUCAAGCUGCUGAAGAUGAGCAGCUGUCCUCAUGUCUCUCCAGCAGGUAUCCUUUGUGUAGCUGAUCAGUGUCACGGCUUACGUGAACUGGCCCUGAAUUACCACUUGUUAAGUGAUGAACUGCUGCUUGCUUUAUCUUCUGAAAAACACGUUCGCUUAGAACAUUUGCGCAUAGAUGUGGUCAGUGAGAAUCCUGGACAGACUCACUUCCAUACUAUUCAGAAGAGCAGCUGGGAUGCUUUCAUCAGACAUUCACCCAAAGUGAACCUAGUGAUGUAUUUUUUUUUAUAUGAAGAGGAAUUUGAUCCAUUCUUUCGGUAUGAAAUACCUGCCACCCAUCUUUACUUUGGGAGAUCAGUAAGCAAAGAUGUGCUUGGCCGUGUGGGAAUGACCUGCCCUAGGCUAGUGGAACUCGUUGUAUGUGCUAACGGAUUACGGCCGCUUGAUGAAGAAUUAAUUCGCAUUGCAGAACGUUGCAAAAAUUUGUCAGCUAUUGGACUAGGGGAAUGCGAGGUCUCCUGUAGUGCCUUUGUUGAGUUUGUGAAGAUGUGCGGUGGCCGCCUGUCUCAGUUAUCCAUUAUGGAAGAGGUACUAGUUCCUGACCAAAAGUAUAGUCUGGAGCAGAUUCAUUGGGAAGUGUCUAAGCACCUCGGCAGAGUGUGGUUUCCAGACAUGAUGCCCACUUGGUAAAGACCAAAUGACAUAGGACAUAAUGAAUACAGCACCGUAACUUUUAGCAUAUUAUAUUAUGGUAAGUUUAUUUCUUGUAGGUCUGAUGUAAUUCUACUAUUUUGUGGCACAGAAAUUUGAUACCUUUAUUGAGUAUGUAAGGAUUGUUUUUUGGAAGACCCAUGGACCAGUUUUGGUCAGAAAACUGUUUCUUCAGCCUAAUAGCAGUCAAAUCUCAGAAAAUUUAAAAAAGUGAUUCAGAUCUGAAAGUAAUAACUAGUAAUAAAGAUUAAACAUUUUACAGUCUGAAGGAAGCAAAAUAUAUAGUGAGUACUAAUAGGUUUUCUAAACUGUUAUGUUCUCUAUGCAGUUUUCAAAAAUGUAAACUUCACAUUUUACGGUCUUCAGUUAUACAUACACCUGUUAUAAGGUGUUUAAUAUAGCUCAGGAAAGUGAGCAUUUUGUGGGAAAAAUGUAGGGUAUACCAUAUUUAAUGAAAAAGAUUGAUUGUUCUAAAAUGUUACAAAGCUGUUUAAAGAGGUAUAUAUAAUUAAUUGGAACACUUAAAGAAAGCUGAUAAAUGUCACAUGGUGGUUAUUAUAGGAGGAUACUGAACAGAGCCAAGAUCAAAUUAAAAGAAAAUACAUGGAAGGGAGGCAGUGUUUAGCUUUGUAUAAACUUUUAGAUUGCUCUAUAAUCUGCUAAACUAUAUCAGUUCUUUUCUGUGACAUAUUACUAUGUAUGUGGCACUUUGGGCAUCAUAUGUAAAGUAAGGAAUGCUUUACCAAUUCUCCUUGGGUUCAUCUUUGUUUAAACUAGUUUUGAAGUAUUGUACAAUAAUUGAAAUGAGAAGUUUACCUAUUUUAAAAAGCCAAAUUGAAAUAAAGGUAGAACUUUAAACUGUUCAUAAAUUGUUUUCAUGAAAGAAUAUUAGUCUCCAGUGAAUUUUAGUGAUGGCUCAUUUUUACAUUUUGGAAUUACAUAGUUAUAUAAGUAGAAUUUUUAAAAAUCAUAAAAGGAGCACCAGUGUACAGUUCAGCAUAAAUAGUAAUUUUAAGAGUAUAUAUUUAAGUUCAUAAUCAUAUUUUUGAGUAAAUAUUGCUCAGUGGACUGGAAAACUUUAAUAGAAAAAUGUCUGCAGUUUUAUGAUAAUUUGGUUAAACUGAUAUUUUAUAUUAUUUAAGUUAGGUAGUAUUUUUAUUACUUUCAUAUGAAUAAAGGUAAUCCAUACAUUGUAGAAUCUGUAAAAAAAAAACAUUAAGUUUUGGGCCAUAUUUAGUUUUUAGAUAUUAUAUAAACUUUGAUUCUUAGCACUAGUGCUGGCAGAUAUUAGCCUCCUAAGGGAGAUAAGAAAUAACGUACCCCCAGUGGAAUAUAUUAACGCUGGAAACUUGGAAAGCAGUUUGGUAGAUACAGAAGCUAAGAGUCUCAUGGGUCUAAUCUGUUUUUAAAAAUAGAUUACCUUCCUAAGAAUAAAGUAAAAUGUGAUUUUCUACAUAAUUUAUGUUUUCCAAAGUGAUGGUAUUCUGGCCACAAAUAUAUAGAAAAAAGGCUGAUCCAGAUGUGGAAAUCAAAAGCAAUUAUUGUAAUAUUCCUCCCUCUUACUGAAUAGUAAAAUGUUCUGCUUGUACAAGAAAUACCUGUUUGUGGAUGAAGCUUUUUUUUCCUGGAACAACUUUGGAAAAUGGGUUGACAGUACAUAAUCAGUUCUACUAACCAAAGCUUUAUUUGGAAAUUUACUUUUUUGUACAAAUUGAAUUAUAUAAUGCUUGAAAUACUUUUAGUCACUUUAUAAGCAAAAUGCGUAGCUCUUAAUAUGUUUAUACUGUAAAGUAUAUGUUAAAUGCUUUUAUCAAUCUGAGAAUAAAGAUGCCUACUACUGC